AUGACGACUCAAUCAAAGGAGAGCCAGUCCCCCAAAAAGGAAGGAAAUGAAGAGUUCCCUGUUGCGCCAGCACUACCUUUGUGUGAUAGAGUGAAAGAAUUGAAGUUAGAUGAGUAUGAUGAAGAGGACAAGGAAUUCUAUGAAGAUCUGCUCUCGAAACCAAUCUCUUAUUAUUUUGACAAGAAAGAUGUUCCUGAUGCCAUUUGUCGCAAAUUCAUCCCGGAUAUUUCACGACGUUUCAUGGAAUGUGAGAAAAGAAUUCAGACCAUUGAGGAUCUUCUAACGAGCAUACCUAAUAAAGAGAGUGGGUUGAACGAAAUGAGAUUUGAAACUUUGGUCGAACUUUUGGACAAAGCUUGCCAAGGUUUUGAAAUUUGGGAGGAACAUGUGACAAAGAAAAUACCCUAUGGUCAUCGUGUUGUCCUAGAAGCCAGUUUGUGCAACUUGAUUUCAAGCAAAUUUGAAAUAAUCACUCAAAUUUGCGAUGAUUUGAGCAAAAUGGGAGAAGACAGAGAUAGCUGGUUGAACAAAGCAGAGUGGCUACGUUAUGAAAUAAGAAGUUGCGACAUGAUAUUCUAUGAGCUACACGUGAAAUUCUUACAAUCCUAUAUGGGUAUCAGUUGGUAA